GGCGGUAACGUUCUUGGUAUUAGCGUUGUUUUCUCAUACGCUAGUAUCGAGUUACCUGUAUCGAGUUCCCUCUUUUUUCCUCGUGUGUCCUGUUGGGUGUUUUUUUUUAUUAUUAUUAUUUUUUUUUAUAAAGGUGUUAUUUACUUUGCCUUUAUUUUUGGUAAAAGCGCCUUUCUUUGUUGGACUUCAACUCCUGCGCCCUCUCUGCACACGGACCCUAACCCUGCCUCGUGCUAACAACAGACUCGCCAGGCAUUACUGGGAAGAAAAAAAUAAUGGACAUGUAUGAUGUAGUUAUAACCUGAACAGAGAAUGAGGGCUCUGGUGUUUCUCCUGCUCGUGGCCGCCGCCACCGCCAAAGUGUUUGAGCAGUGCGAGCUGGCGAGGACGCUGAAGGCUGCGGGAAUGGACGGCUACCGCGGGGUCUCACUGGGUGGUUGGGUCUGCGUGGCCAAGUGGGAGUCGAGCUACGACACGGCCGCCACCCACCCCAACCGCGACAAGUCGAGGGACUACGGCAUCUUCCAGAUCAACAGUCGCUAUUGGUGUAACAACGGCGUGACCCCCACCUCAAACGGCUGUAACAUCUCGUGCGACUUGCUGACCGAUGACAUCAGCGAUUCAAUUACGUGUGCCAAGCGUGUGGUCAGCGAUCCCAGGGGGAUCAGAGCAUGGGUGGCCUGGAGGAAACACUGUCAUAGAGAAGAUCUCAGCCAGUACGUCGCGGGCUGUGGGGUGUGAGACAGGCACCCAGAGAGAAGCACCUUCUCUCCUUCCCUCCCUCUUCUGUGAUCACUCACUUCUGAUUUUCCAAACCCGGCGCCCCCACAAAGGCUCAACAGUGAAGCACUUGUCUUUGAUUCCCUUGCUUGUCUGUAUACAAAUUAUGAAAUAUAUCAAGUUUCUUCAAAUAUUGCUACUUGAAAAUACUUUUCUUUUUCCCAGUAUCAACAUUUUUGCUGUGUUGGGCUAAACUUUAAUAAAGCCAUAAUUUGCUUUUGCA